AUGAGUGAAGAUAAGUCUCAGAUUAAGAUAAAGUUCUUCACCAAGGAAGAAGAUGAGACCUUAAAUGUUUCAGAAACACCUUUAUUUGUGCCAGCUUCAUUAAAGAGAUAUGGUUUAUCAGAGGUGGUAAAUCAUUUAUUAGGAAGAAAUGCAGAAUCAGACGAUACUAAACCAAUUCCAUUUGAUUUCCUUAUAGAUGGUGUUCUUUUAAGAACAUCAAUUCAAGAUUACUUAACUAAGAAUGGUUUAUCCAGUGAAGCAUUUUUAACCUUGGAAUAUACAAGAGCAGUACUCCCACCAUCAUUUUUAGCUUCAUUUAAUAGUGAUGAUUGGAUAUCAUCUAUUGAUUCCAUUAAUUCUCAAUCAAGAUCAGUUACAUCUACUAAUUUAAAUAUUACUCAACCAAAAAUCUUAUCAGGUUCUUAUGAUGGUAUAGUUAGAACUUAUAACAUGUCAGGUAAUGUUGAAAAACAAUAUGUUGGUCAUUCAGGACCUAUAAGAUCAGUAAAAUGGAUUUCUCCUACUAGAGUAGUAUCUGCUGGUAAUGAUAGACAAGUUAGAUUAUGGAAAACUUCAAAUGAUGAAGUUUUAGAAAAGGAAGAUGAUGAUAUUGAAGAUGGUAAAACUUUAGCUAUAUUAGAAGGUCAUAAAGCUCCAGUUGUUUCUUUGGCUGUUGAAUAUAAAUCUAAUCGUAUUUUAUCAGCUGGGUAUGAUAAUGUCAUAGGUCUCUGGUCAACUAAUUAUAAAGAAAUGACUGCUAUUAAACCAUUAGAAUAUGAUUUAAAUGUUAUUUCCACUGCAUCUAAGAAAAGAAGAAAGAUGGCAGUUCAAGAUUCCACCAUAAGAAGACGUUCUCCAUUAUCUCUUUUAGAAGGACAUUCACAACCUGUUGAAGAUAUUAUAUUUGAUGCCAAUGAUGCCACAGUAGCGUACUCAGUAUCACAAGAUCAUAACAUUAAAACAUGGGAUUUAGUAACAUCUCGUUGUGUUGAUACCAGAAAUACACGUUAUUCUUUACUUUCAAUUUUACAAUUACCAAGCUUACAUUUAUUAGCAUCAGGCUCAACUGCUCGUCAUAUUAAUUUACAUGAUCCUCGUGUAAGUUCAACCACAACAGAUCAAACUUCAGCUAAAUUAGUUGGUCAUACCAAUUUUGUGGUUAGUUUAUCAGCUUCACCAAUCAAUGAUCAUAUAUUUUCAUCUGCAUCACAUGAUGGUACUGUUAAAGUGUGGGAUGUAAGAGCUGAAAAAUCAUUAUAUACCAUUACAAGAGAAGAAAAUGAAAAUUCUAAACUCAAAUCUAAAGUUUUCUCAGUAUCAUGGGAUAGAGAUAUUGGUAUUAUUAGUGGUGGUGAAGAUAAAAAGAUUCAAAUCAAUAAAGGUUCAGAUAUUACAAAAUAA